AUGCCCAAGCCCCGUUUACCGACUGUGGCCGUUAUUGGUCUCGGAGCUUUUGGUCUUGUCGCUACCAAGAAUCUUGUCGAAGAAGGAUUUGAUGUCACCGCCUUUGACCGGAACCCGUAUAUAGGCGGCCUCUGGCGGUAUACAACGGACAAUAGGACCUCCGUCCUCCCUUCUACUGUAGCCAACGUUUCGAAAGAGCGGGGAUGCUUCACCGACUUUCCCUUCCCGCUAGCCCGGACCGUUUCAAAGGCAAAAGAGUUCUAG